AAACCUGUCACUAAGGGAGACGCGCAGGUUGCGUAUAUGCCAAUGGUCUGUGCACUGCUGUGUUGUGGAUGGUCGGGAGAGUUUGCGUAAUUUGGAGAGAAUUAACGCGUGGGUAGACGCCACGUAGAGAAAUCUUCAACAUCUCAAAAAGGGACAUUUCAGAGUCUCUGUUGAAUAUAGCUGUGGAAUGGAUUUACAGCCAGUAGAAAGAUGAUGCGGGUAGAAUACCCUAUUGGAAAGCGACUGUCGCCUUUGCCUGUAGGUUCUCAAAGCUAACACCAUGCCAUAAGGAACUGUGUGCGACAACGAUUUUACUGUGGGCUGGAAAGAGGACCCUCUCAACUUUCAACAUGCUGAUAGCUAACAAUAGCAUUUUCAGAGAGCUCUUCCAAUGUCUCUGGCCGACAGCAGGCCUCCGAGCUCCUCAGUCAGUGGAAUAGUCCUUAAUUAGGAACAACAAGCGCACUGCACCGCCAUCUGCUCUACAUAAACAGAUAUAUUGGACACAUCAAGCUGCCGUGCAGAAGCUCAAACCGGCAGCUGGCAGCUGGCACUUCUGCAUGUGUGCACCUGUGUCUGUAUAGUUAGUGUGUAUGUUUCCCUGUCUGCAUGUGUGUGUGAAUGUGCGCCACCUUGGAUCCUGCUCGGAGCCACACACAGCCCGGGCGCCCAGCCUUCGGCCCGGAGAUGCUACAGACCAACAACUACUCCCUGGUGCUGCUGAUCCAGUUGAGCUUGUUGACCUUUGACCUGUUUGUCAACUCCUUCAGCGAGCUGCUGAGGGCCGCGCCCGUCGUCCAGCUGGUGCUCUUCAUUAUCCAGGACAUAGCCAUCCUGUUUAACCUGAUCAUCAUUCUGCUGAUGUUGUUCAACACCUACGUGUUCCAGGUGGGCCUGGUGUCCUUGCUGCUGGAGCGUUUCAGGGCCCUGCUGCUGCUCUCCACCCUCUACCUGACCCUCAGCAUCUCCCUACACUCCUGGAUCAUGAAUCUACGCUGGCUAAAAUCAAACCGCUAUGUGUGGACUGAUGGUCUCCAAGUGCUUUUUGUCUUCCAAAGAAUAGCGUCCGUGUUGUACUACUACUUCUACAAGCGCACCACAGAGUACCUGGGUGACCCUCGGCUCUAUGAAGACUCGCCUUGGCUCAGAGACGCCUUUGCCAAUGCCAGGGCCCGCCAGUGAGCAAAGAGCAGUGUGUGGACAUGAAACUGGCAUGGACAGAUCCAAAAUAAAGCCCUCCCCGCCCCGCGGACACAGAGAGACACUGCUACAGUAUGUGCAGAGCUGAAAUGGACGCUACAGUGCACAGGCCUGAGCUUAUGUGGAGGGGGAAAACCAGAGGGAAGACCUCCGUGCUCUAUCAGACAUGGGUCAACUUUAACAAGGAGGGUCAAAAAUUAGAUUCUGCUUGGAUACGGCAAGCCACUUUGCAGAGCAAGCCAGAUGUACAGGCAAACUGGUAUAGGGCCUUGAUUAAAUGGACAGAACGUUAUACCAUGAUGACUUUGAUGCUAACAUGUGGGAACUCAUAGUUUGAUGUGACAUUCACACAACAAGUUGUAUUUUUUUUCACACUUUGAAACUGGGUUUGUCUGUGUCGUUUAUCGAUCAAUGUAAUCAGUGUGUUGUUUUUUAUGUGGGAUGAUUUGUGAGUUUGUGUGCCAGAUUUUCUUGUGAAGAUAACUGGAAAAGAAAAACCAAUAAUGUUUUAUGUGUUUUAAAAUGCUUACUUUUUCCCCUGCUUUUUGUACUAAUGUAUUAAAAAAAAAAACAGACAGUACAUACACUGAUAAA